CCUCAUAUUGUAUUCCUUCGCUUCGGGCUCGCUGAAACUAACCUGGCAUCUCGAUCCAUCCUCUUUGAAACUUCCUUUUUUUCACAAUUUCAUUUCGUUUCGUUUCUCCCAAGUUGUCUUGUUUACAAAAGCAAGUCCUUUCCCCCCCCUUUUUUUUUUACACCAACUAAAGAAACCUCUAUGUCACCUCUGCCAUUCUCACCAUUUGAUCCAUCAUCUCUGUGAAGCUUCUACUUUUUUUUUCACCAUUUCAUUUUGUUUCGUUUCUUCCAAAUUGUUUUGCCCAUCAUUUCUGAAAAUUUCUUGUCCAAAAAAAAAAGAAAAAGAAAAAAGAACCAGGGUCCUUUCAUAUUCACUUUGAUUCUGUCCAACUAAACGAACCUCUUUAUCUCACUUCUGCUAUUUUCACCACUUCAUUCAUUUGGUGGUUCUUUUACUGUCUCUGUACUCUGUUAUCUGUGUAUUGUUUUGUGUCUGUUUUCCAAUACUAAAAAAAAAAAAAAAAUAGUGGAAAAUGUCGGGCACCGAAUUUGCUGGCAAUGUUGCUGGCAAAGUUGCAGAGAACCUGCUGAUUGAUCGAAUUUUCAAUCCAAUCUGGAACAGAAUAGCUCGUGUGUUCAAAUGGAAGACUAAUUUAAAGGAUCUGGAGAGAGAAGUUAAGAAGCUGGUCGCUGAAAGAGAUAGUGUGCUGCAAGUUAUGGGAGAUGGUGAGAGAAGAGGGGAAGAGGCUGUGCUGAAGGUCAAGAUUUGGCUGACUGAAGCAGAGAAGUACAUUGGAGGGAUGAACUUAAAGGAUGAUGAAGACAAAGCCGGGAAGAAAUUUGGGGAAGCUGCUGACAAAAGAGGGAAAGAAGUCAUGCCGAAUGACAAUAAGAGGCUGAAUGCUGCAUACGAGUUCUUUAAAGAGAAGCAGGAGUUAAAGGAUGACGAAGAGAAGGCUAAGAAGAAGUGUUUGGCUGGGAUGUGUUGCAAUCCCAGGGCACGUUACCAAAUCAGCAAGAAAGUAGAGGAGUAUUUGUUGACUGUUACUCAACUCCUACAAGAAGCUCACAACUUCAAGAUCCCAGUUUCCUACUGUCCUCCAAAUCCUACAGCACCAGUUAAUAAAGGUUUUGAGGACUUUGAGUCAAGAACGCCUGAUUUGGACCGUAUUAUGGAGGCCUUGAGAAGGGCUGGCACUGAUAAGAUAGGUGUUUAUGGGAUGCCUGGUGUUGGAAAGACCAUGUUAGCCAAAGAAGUUGCCAGACGAGCUGAGGAAGCCCACUUAUUUGAUUCAGUUGUAUUCGCUUCUGUGACAAGGGAUCAAGACUUGGAAAGAAUUCAUGGAGAAAUUGCUGGCAAGUUAGAUCUACAGCUUCAUGGGAAGAAUAAAUAUGAGAGAGCAAAGCAACUAAAGGAUUAUCUGAAGAAAAAGAAGAGGAUUCUUGUGAUUUUAGAUGACAUGUGGUCGAGGCUAGAUUUGGAUGAACUUGGAAUUCCUUUUGAAGAAAAAAAGAAUGAGGCAAGUUCGAUGGGUGAAGAACAGAUGCAAUGCAGGAUUCUCUGCACAUCUAGAGAUCUCAAUGUCUUACAACGUGACAUGCAUACUAAUCAAAAUUUUUAUGUUCAACCAUUACGAGAUGAUGAAGCAUGGGAGCUUUUGAAGAAGAUAGUUGGCGAUAAAUGUGAAAAUUCUGACCUUCGGCAUACGGCAAGGGAGAUUGCCAAAGAAUGUUCUGGGCUCCCCCUAGCCAUUCAAACUCUUGGCAACGCUUUAAAAGAUAAGGAACAUUAUGAAUGGAGGGAUGCGCUGCUACAACUGAAAAAUGCCUCUUCAGAGAACUUCAUGGGGAUCCAUGCAAAUGUUUUUUCUGCAAUUGAAUUGAGUUACAACUAUUUAGAAGGAGAACAAUUAAAGCAAACUUUCUUGCUUUGUAGUUUGCUUGGACAGAAUGCUUAUGUAGAUGACUUGCUAACAUAUGGCAUUGGUUUGGGCUUAUUUCAGAAUGUCAACACAAUCGGACAAGCACGAGACAGGGUACUAACAUUGGUUAGUAAACUAAAAUCUUGUUCUUUGUUGCUUGAUGAUUGUAGUGGUACUCACUUGAAUAUGCAUGAUAUUGUUCUUGGUGUCGCGAUAUCAAUUGCCUCAAGGGACUACCAUGUGUUAUCAUUAAUAAAUGACAAUGUACCCAAAAACUGGUGGGAAAGGGUGGCAAUGGGAGAUAUCAAAUGGAUUAGUCUACAACAUGAUAAUGUUGGUGAGCUCCCUAAUGAGUUGUAUUGUCCACAACUUAAAUUAUUUUCUUUACGUAGCAAGGAUCCUUCUGUGAAAAUUCCAGAAAACUUUUUUCAGGGAAUGCCAAAUCUCAGAGUCUUGAAUUUCACUGAGGUGCAUUUGUCAUCCUUGCCUUCUUCAAUUUGCCUCCUAAAACAUCUUCAUACAUUACAUAUUAGUGAAAGUAUUCUAGAAAACAUAGCUUUCAUUGGAGAGCUUAUGAGUUUGGAGGCCCUAAGCCUUUCAGGAUGUGAUCUUGAAGAGCUACCAAUGCAGAUUGGGCAGCUAACCCAGCUGAAGUUGUUAAAUUUGAGUGAUUGUACCAAACUCAAAUUGAUUCCACCACUUGUCAUAGCAAGUUUAUCCAAACUUGAAGCUCUGCACCUGAGAAACAGCUUCAAUCAAUGGGACACUGGAAAUCAAAGAAAUGCUAGCCUUGUCGAGUUGAAGAAGUUACAUAACCUAGCUGCUCUAGAUUUGCAUGCAUGUGAUGACCAGCUUGUUUCAGAAGAUUUGUUCUCUAAAAGAUUGGAAAGAUACAGGAUCUUCAUUGGAGAUGUGUGGAACCGUUGGGACAGUUCAUUCAGAAGCUCAAAAAUAUUGAAACUAGAGUUGAACACAAGCAUUAGUUAUGAACAUUCUAUUUGCAUGUUGAUGAAGAAAACAGAAGAACUACAUCUAGAGAAACUGAAGGGUGUCAAGAAUAUAGUUUCUGAGUUAGAUGCUGAAGGUCUUCAGGAACUGAAGUAUCUUUAUGUCCAAAAUGCUCAUGAGAUUCAGCAUAUCAUUAGCUCAGUGGGACAAAUUCCUUCCCAUGCAUUUUCCUCCUUAGAAGUACUAUAUCUUCGAAAUUUAAAGAAUAUGGUGAAGAUAUGUCAUGGUCGACUUGGAGAAACAUCUUUCAAAAGAUUAAGAACUAUAACGGUUGAAAGUUGUGGGCAGCUCAUAAGUUUGUUCCCGUUCUCCAUAGCUAGACGGCUUCUCAAACUUGAAGAAAUUAGAGUAACAGAUUGCAGUAACAUGUUAGAGUUUGUUAAAGAGGAGAGGCAAGGUGCCACUAAUGAUAUUGCAGAAGAAGAUCAAAAUUUUGAACUAGCCCAGCUACGGUCCUUGAAAUUGCAGUAUUUGCCAAAGUUCAUUAGAUUAUGCCAUGAAAAUGAGGAAGCAAAUGAUUCAAGUUCCAGGCCUGCACCACUUUUCAAUUCCAAGAUUCUCUUUCCAAAACUGGAGGAGUUGAAUUUAUGCUUGCUUAACAUUGAAAGUAUAUGGAGCAGUCAGCUUUCGACAAAAUCUUCUUGUAUCCACACUCUGACAAAGUUGAUUGUUGAGGCCUGUGAUCAUUUGGAGCACUUAUUUUCAUCCUCUAUGGCUAAAUGUCUUGUGCAGCUCACAUACCUUGAAAUUAAAAAAUGCAAAAGGAUGAGAGAGAUAAUUGCACCAGAGAAUGCAGAAGAAAUGGAGGAUUUGAUUUCUUUUCCUAAGUUAAACAUCCUGUGUAUAAAUGAUCUUCAUAGGCUUAGCAGAUUUUGCUCUGGAAACUAUAGUAUUGGAUUCACAACUUUGAAGGAAUUGUAUAUAAAAAAUUGCCCAGAAUUAAUGGGGUUCAUGGUCAAUACGGGCACAGAUGUUACGGAUGGACUGCAACCCCUCUUUAAUGAAAAGGUUGCGUUUCCCAGCUUGGAACAAUUGGAAAUCCGUGGCUUGAAGAAGUUGAGGAUCAUAUGGCACCACCAACUCCCUGCAGAUUCAUUAUUGACAUCAGUGGAAAAUUUGUGGGUAAUAGCUUGUGGGAGUCUAGAAGAGAUAUUUGAACUUGGAGAAUUGAAUAUGGAAGAGUCACGUGCUGUGGUAAGCACUAUGUUAGGAAAAUUGGUUAUGGCAAGUUUACCAAGGUUGAAGUAUUUGUGGAGCAAGAAUCCCAGCGGAAUUCUCACUUUGCGGAACUUGCAGACUGUGGUAGCUUUUCGUUGUCAGAACCUUCAAAAUAUGUUCCCAGCUUCUGUGGCAUUGGGGCUUCAGCAACUUGAAGUUUUGAAGAUACGAGGUUGCUUGAUGAUGAAGGAAGUUGUAGCGUUGGAAGAAGGAGAUGAAGCAGUUCCUAGGUUUGUGUUUUCUCGUUUAUCUUCUCUGAAGCUGUUUGUUCUACCAAGACUCAAAUAUUUCUAUCCUCAGAAACACGUAAUGGAGAGCCCCAUGUUAAAAGAUUUCUAUUUAGAUCUACGGAACUCUUUUAAAGAAACAGAAGGAGAGAGGCUUGGCAAAUUUCCAGUUCAACUACCGCUUUUCUCUAUAAAAAAGGUAUGACCCGCAGUUACAAAACAAUUUUGUAGUAACUUUUUUUUUGUUCUUUUUGGCUUUUGCUUCCGAGUUCUGGUUAGAUCUAUUAUCUAUCCGUUGUCAAAACAAAAUUUAACAGCUGUUGUUCAUAAGGAGAAUAAUUCGCUAUAAGCAAU